UGCAGUGUAUUUUGUAGAAGUACAGCUUUCCUUAACACUGGACCGGCAGUUGGGGAGGUACUGAUUAUAGACUUCUUGUUCUGUUGGUGAGGAUGGAGAAUAGCCCUGCUGUAAAUCUCCUUACUAAACACUUAGCAGCAUACAUUUGGUAGAAUUGGCUGGACCAACCUGAAUUUACCUCUGUUUGUGUUUCAGCCCUUGUAAGCAGGCUACAACCUGCACGGCUGAGCCAUGUUAACCUAUCAUCUCUGAAGUUUUAGACAGCCUACAGUACAAAUGCAGCCAACGUGGCUUAAUUUGCCUGAGAAUGAAGCUGUUUCCUCUCUGCUGAGGUGUUGAGGGCUAUAAAUGUGUGUGUUUGUCUAAUUUUAAUGAUGCUUUUUGUGAUACAAAUGCCCAGCUGUUUGGAAUGGAACUGAAAUUGCGCAGGUAUUUUACACAGGCUGUGACAAUUUGUUGGAUGUCACAUCUCUGAGUUGGAGCCCUUUCAGUUGGUUAACCUAAACACAAAAGCUUGUACAUCUGACUGCUGAAACCCUGAGUCAUUCUAUCCUUUAAUUAAAGCAUGUUCCUUUAAUAUGUUCCUCUUGCUUAAAAUUAUGCAAGAAUUAUUUCCUAGAGGAAAAUGCCUAGUUUAAUGCACUUUUAUUUAAUAUUUUCUUUAAAUUAGCUAAGUAAGGGGGGAAAGCUUGAAAUAUCUAGGGUAUGUCAGGCAGUUGCAGGGGAUGCAUAUGUCAACCUCAAGCAUGAUUUAUCUUAAAUGCCUUUUCUGACAGUUGCAAUUUAACGGCUGUAUUUUCCUCCAGGCUCUCAGGAGGCUAAACAUCUCAAGUUUCUAGCUUUGUGGUGGAAGAGUAAAUGUCUGUUUGCCAGUGUAAUUUAUCUGAGUCAUUCUGGGAGAGGCGUGGUGCAAUUGAAGCGCGACUAUUAGCAUAAAUAAGAGAGAGACCCUCUUCCUGAGGGCAGUUACUCUUGCCAUCUUUCAGAGGAAAGCUGCUUCCACCUCAGCACCGCCCCUGCCAAUCGGGGGGUGCGAUGCUAUGAACCAAAAGACUUGAUACACUGAGCUCUGGUCUAUUGUGAUACUCGCCUGCAUUUCAAUUUGGAGUUAAAGGGAACAGAGCAAGGAAGGAAGAGGCAGGUUUCUGCAGUAAGCACAACAGGCGUUACCACCGCAGGUAGCAUUUCACACGCUGAGGUGUUUUGCCUUUUAGAAGUUUGAAGAGAGAAGGGAUUGUAAAACCUAAACUCACUACUUCUGUCCGUCUCUAUGUAAUAGCACCGUUACUGCUGGCUGCGGUUUCUGAGGCUGUGCAGCAGUGCGGGCAGGUUGCGGGGCAGCCGCUGGGUUUGCGCUCGGCGUCACCGUCCGGUGGCUGCUGGGGAAGCGGCACCCAGCCGGGCACCAUGAGCUCUGGCACCACCGCCCCGCAGAAGGUCGUCAGCAACCUCGCCAACACUGAUGUCAACUAUGUCAUCAAAGAGCAUUAUAAUUACACGGGAAAGCUAAAUGAGAAUGCGGACAGUGGAAUAAAAGUGACGUCGGUGGUUUUUAUUAUCAUUUGCUGCUUUAUAAUCUUAGAGAACAUUUUUGUCUUGCUCACCAUCUGGAAAACCAAGAAGUUUCACAGACCCAUGUACUAUUUCAUUGGGAACUUGGCUCUUUCAGACUUGCUGGCUGGUGUGGCUUACACUGCCAACCUCCUGCUAUCCGGACACAAAACCUAUAGCCUCACCCCCUCCCAGUGGUUUGUAAGAGAAGGCAGCAUGUUUGUUGCCUUGUCAGCUUCUGUGUUCAGCUUGUUAGCCAUUGCCAUUGAGAGAUACAUCACCAUGCUGAAGAUGAAACUCCACAAUGGCAGCAACAGCUUCCGCUCCUUCUUGCUGAUCAGUGCUUGCUGGGUUAUCUCCGUGAUACUUGGGGGACUCCCGAUCAUGGGCUGGAACUGCAUCAGCCUCUUGUCCAACUGCUCCACCGUGCUGCCUCUCUACCACAAGCACUAUAUUCUCUUUUGCACCACCGUUUUCACUGGCCUUUUGCUAUCCAUUGUCGUCCUCUACUGCAGGAUCUAUUCCAUGGUGAGGACUAGGAGCCGCAGGCUGACAUUUCGGAAAAACAUUACCAAAGCUACUAGGAGCUCAGAAAAGUCGCUAGCCUUGCUCAAGACAGUGAUCAUAGUCCUGAGUGCCUUCAUCGCCUGCUGGGCUCCCUUGUUCAUCCUGCUUUUACUGGAUGUGGGGUGUAAAGUGAAGACCUGCCCGAUCCUCUAUAAAGCAGAGUAUUUCUUAGUACUGGCCGUUCUCAAUUCAGCCACGAACCCUAUCAUCUACACCUUGACAAACAAAGAGAUGCGGAGGGCUUUCAUCAAGAUUCUGUGCUGCUGCAAAUGUCCCCCAGCAGAUUCUGGGACCAAAUUCAAGAGGCCGAUCAUUGGAGGGAUGGAGUUCAGUCGGAGUAAAUCUGACAACUCCUCCCACCCACAGAAGGAGGAAGGCGACCAUCCUGAAACUAUCAUGUCUUCAGGCAAUGUUACCUCAUCUUCUUAGGAGUAACCGUGGGGGUGUAUUUCAGAGCCUUCCUCUGAAAUCGGGGAGCUGAGAUGCCUCCUGCUCAUGGCAGCAGCGUUGGGCUAAGCGAGCAAGUAGCAUUAGUUCUAAUGAGGCAAACGGUGCACUUGCGAGGCUGGAGUUCAAGAAAUGGGACAGACUGUUCUGGCUUGAAAAUCGUUUUCCCUGGAGCAUGUUUUGUCUUUGCACUGAGGCAGCUCAGGAUUGUCAGGCGCAUUCAUAUCCUGAAAUCUCCUUAGUAACUCUGAAAGACUGAUGCCUUGGUGAAAUGAUGCCUGGUGCGCGUGAGAGAGAGAGGGGGAGGAGGGAGAGGGAGAAUGAAUCUUUUUUUUUUUUUUUUUUCCAUGUGAGAAGAAUGUGAAGUUAUUUCUCCUUUAUUUGCAGCAAACCACUGACACAAAGAUCUUCCUGUACUGAAUUUAGUGGUGGCUCUGGUAUAGUUGGUCAGAAGUGUUUAGCACAUAACAAGGAAAGAGAUCACACAACUGUAACUUAGACCACAUACAACCAUAACUUGGCAUCGCUUUCCAGAGUUUUUAGUUAAGUCAUACGGUUUUAUUGCAGAGUCCAAAGCUGUUGGGGUUUUAUUUAGCAAGAUCAUAGCUGUGAAUUUUUGCUGUUGGUCCAUAUUACAUUUGAAGACCAUGAGCCAGACUCUGCAGUUACUUUCACCUGUACAAUUCCUUUGACUGCGUCAGAUUUUAUGGAGUAGCUCAGAGCAGCAUUUGGCCCCAUAUGCUGAUUGCCUUGUUACUCUCUAGCAUUAAAUAAACCGCAUUAUCAUGACAAAUGCAAGGUAGAACUAAAGGUCAUUUCUCUUUAAGAUGACUGAAAGUAAAUCUAAUAGUAUAAGAUACUAUCGACAACAGCAGGACUUUAGCCUAAGAAGAGUUAAAAACUGAAGGGGGCAUUUCAGUGUGAGGUUCAUAGUCUUUCCAAAGGUAAAGAUCAGUUGGAAAAAUCUGAAAAGAGUACCUUGAGUUUCAGAACGAUAAAAGUUGAAGUGAAAUGACUAUAGAUAAAUGCACUUCCAUAACAAAAUGCAAUAUGUUUUGGCACAUUUUAUUAAUGUUUAUAAUUUCAGCAAAGAUGUCUGUAUUUUAUCAGUUCAUGGAAGAAGUACCUGUCAUUAAAUUGAAUGUAUUUGUUUUACAGCAUCAUUUUUACUCCUCUAUUUUUCUAACCUGUGCUAAUGGGGUUGAAUGUGUACAAUGUAAAUAAGUUAAUAAGAUGCAGGAGUCUUCAUGUGCCUAGGGUAUUACUAUAACAGAAGUGGUAUAUCUGGGAUAGCUGAGAGCAAUUGACUGAUUUACAGUUAUUGGCAACUCCUAGAAGUGGUAUUUUGUAAAGAAAAUGUAUUGCCUUUGUAGUAAAAUUUCCAGUGCAAUUAAACUGUUGGGGUUUUUUUCUGGUUUAAAAAAUAGUAUUUAAAAUGUUUCUGACUUUUAUUGUUCAAUUUGCACAUAGCUUUAUUGACUUCUAAACAUUAAUAAACUGAUUUUUUUAAAGA